UCAACUGUCAAUAAUAAACGAUAACAUAACCUUACUUUCAUAUAUCAAAAAGUUGUAAACAUCGUAACUUAAUUAACUCAAUCUUAGAAAAUUACUGAACAGAAUGGAGAGAGAUAUUGAACAAUUAAAUUCAGCAUUAAACUCUAUUAAAACUCUAAGAUCCAACGUUCGACAAGUUUUCGAAUCGGUAAGUAAUGGUCUUCGAGCCGACCAUGGUGAAGAAGGGAAAGAAAACAAAUUUAUUAUUGAAUUGCAAGAUUUACUCACCACCGUGAAUAAUAAUUUAAGAGAUGUAGAAAGUGCAGUAAGUAAUUUAACUCCACCACCCGGGGCGUUUAGUCUUGGCAACACUACUUAUUUAGGACAAGAAACGACACAAGAACGCCAAGCUCUGUAUGGACAGUUAGUAAAUAGUUACAAAUGGACAGACAAAAUUCGAGAGUACAGUGCAUUAGCUGGGAACAUACUUGCAACAAAUUCUUUCAACAAAACAUAUAAAACAUUUAGUACAACCAAAAGAAGAAAGACGCAAACCAGUAACCAUAAUGUUUCACCAGAAGUAAUUGAAAAUUUAAUAACUAGUAUAGAUCGUCUGUUUCCUGAUGUAACUAUCACAGCAAGUAGACCAUUUUUACCAAACCCCGUUAUUCAGGCUUGUUUGGGAAGAGUUCUAAAAGCCAUAAUUGCAUUUAAAGGACUAAUGAUUGAGUGGGUGGUGGUGAAGGCACUUUCUGAGUCAAAUGAUCUAUGGUCAGAAUCUCGCUAUAAAGUUUUUCGAAAAGUUACAGAAAAUUGUCAUGCGGCUAUGUGCCACUUUCACUCUCCUAUGAUGCCCGAGCUUGCUGUGCGUUCAUUUAUGCACUGGUUUCACAGCUACAACACUUUAUUUAGUGCACCUUGUAAAAGGUGUGGAAACCAUUUACUUGGAAAUCUUCCACCAACAUGGAGGGAUUUACGAACGCUGGAACCCUAUCAUGAGGAGUGCAAGUAGAUGGUAACCACUAAUUCGUUAAGGGGAUAAUUCUAUAUGUAAAAAAAUGUAUUAACAGCACAUAUUUAUUAAGGCGUAUGAACUACAUAAAAAUACAUAACAAGGAGUUUA